AUGGAGCGCACGGGAAAAAUCUUCUUCUACGAGGACAAGAACUUCCAGGGUCAUUACUAUGAAUGCAGCAGCGACUGCCCUGAGCUCAGCACCCACAUCAGCCGCUGCAACUCUGUCCGUGUGGAGAGCGGGGCCUGGGUCAUCUAUGAGAGACCCCACUACACGGGUUACCAGUACGUCCUCAUGAGAGGGGAGUACCCCAGCUACCAGAGCUGGAACGGCUUCAGCGACACCAUCCGGUCCUGUCGCCUCAUCAGACAUCAUCCCAGCAGGCAUAGAAUCCGCGUCUACGAACGUCCAGACUUCAGCGGCCAGAUGAUGGAGUUCAGCGAUGACACGCCCAACCUGCUGGACCGCUGGCGCUUCCGUGAAGUUCACUCAGCUCAGGUCCAAGAGGGCAUCUGGGUCUUCUACGAGCAUCCCCACUACAGGGGGCGCCAGUACCUGCUGGAGAAGGGUGACUACAGAAGGCACGCAGACUGGGGGGCCCUCCAACCAUCUGUAGGCUCCCUGAGAUGUGUCGUAGACUACUAG